AUGCUCAGCAUAGCCCCCAAUCUUCCUCGAAAUCUUCGCGUUCUCGAUCUAUGUACCGGCGUCGGAUGCAUUCCACUGCCGUUCCAGCACCAGCUCAGCAGAAGACGCCCUGACACACUCCUGCGGAUGGUCGGUGUUGAUAUAUCUCCUGAUGCCUUGCAACUAGCUCGAGAUAACACGGAGCGUGUGCUUCGAGACGCUCGCGAGGAAUACAACGUUCUUCCACCGCAGACUCAAGCAUUGGAGCAAAUAAAAUAUAUUCCAGCUGACGUACUCGGCAAAAGCCCCGAUCACCCCACCCUUGAGGCAGCCCUGGUCCUCAAACCUGCGCUAAAUCCUGGGGAGAGUCGAGUGACUAAAGGACUAAGGGCCUACACAGCCAAAACGUUCCACAUUCUCAUUUGCAACCACCCCUACAUCUCCCCCUCGGAUUUCUUGCGCACUACGAGUCGCUCCGUUCGUGAAUUCGAACCCGAGUUAGCCCUAGUUCCGCCACCAAACUCUGCAAUAUCACAUGAAGAGGAAGGCGACGUAUUUUAUCCCCGUCUUCUGGAAAUUGCGCAUCAAGCUAAAGCAAUAAUGGUGUUGUUUGAAGUUGCAGACUUGAGUCAGGCUCUUAGAGUCGCACGAAUAGCCAGACGCCUCGGGAAGGAGCUAGCACAUGAGCACGCGAGGAUGGAGGUUCCUUUUCCCGAUCGAGUUGGAUGGGAUGAGAUUCAGAUCUGGAGGGACGAACCUGGGAAGGUGGGUGCAAUUGAGGAGUCGCAAACGAUUGACGGGUUUGAGGUCAUCGGCCGUGGCAAUGGCCGCUCUGUGUUCUACUCGAAACAUCACGUAAGGGACUGGUUCAGCAGUAGCGAUAAACUCCGAUUGCGAGAGCAAAUCAUCGAACUCUCUACUCAGGGUACUUCUUGA